AGGCGUAACCUGGCCGCUGGACCACUCGUACUUUUUAUACGCGUCUGGACCACCGUCGACUUCUCUUGGACGUCUAGGAUGGACUAAAACGCAACUAUGGUGGUGAAUUCCGUGCAUUGGUUUCGCAAAGGGCUGCGACUUCACGACAAUCCGGCUUUGCAGGAAGCUCUUAAUGGCGCGGAUACUGUACGAUGUGUUUAUAUAUUGGACCCGUGGUUCGCGGGUUCGGCCAACGUUGGAGUCAAUAGAUGGAGAUUUUUACUGGAAUCUUUAGAGGAUUUGGACACAAGUUUAAGAAAACUGAACUCGAGGCUCUUUGUGGUACGGGGACAGCCUACAGAUGUCUUCCCCAGACUCUUCAAGGAAUGGAAGGUCACACGUCUCACCUUUGAAUAUGACUCAGAGCCUUAUGGGAAGGAAAGAGAUGCGGCCAUCAUCAAAAUGGCGCAGGAGUACGGUGUGGAAACCGUGGUACGGAAUAUUCACACGCUCUACGAUCCCGAUAGGAUCAUAGAAAUGAACAACCACAGUCCCCCUCUCACAUUCAAAAGAUUUCAAGCCAUCGUGAACAGACUGGAACUGCCCAGAAAGCCCCUGCCAACCAUCACUCAAGAGCAGAUGGCCAGGUGCCGGACACAGAUCGCUGACAAUCAUGACGACCGCUAUGGCGUGCCGUCCCUUGAGGAGCUGGGUUUCAGGACUCCAGCCGACAGCCCACAUGUGUGGAAGGGAGGUGAAACUGAAGCCCUGGAGAGACUCAACAAACAUUUAGAUAGGAAGGCUUGGGUAUCCAAUUUUGAGAGGCCUAGAAUAAGUGCUCAAUCUCUGUUUGCCAGCCCGACCGGCCUCAGUCCAUACCUACGUUUCGGUUGUCUGUCAUGUCGUGUGUUUUACUACAAUCUGCGGGAACUUUAUAUGAAGCUUCGGAGGCGUUCGAGUCCCCCCCUCUCGCUCUUCGGCCAGCUGCUGUGGCGAGAGUUUUUCUACACGGCGUCCACCAACAACCCCAACUUUGACCGUAUGGAAGGAAACCCCAUCUGCGUGCAGAUCCCCUGGGAUCACAACCCUGAGGCGCUGGCGAAGUGGGCCGAGGGUCGUACGGGGUUCCCUUGGAUCGAUGCCAUCAUGACCCAGCUCAGACAGGAGGGCUGGAUCCACCACCUGGCCCGACACGCCGUGGCCUGUUUCCUCACUCGAGGAGACCUGUGGAUCAGCUGGGAGAGCGGAAUGAAAGUUUUUGAAGAGAUGUUGUUGGACGCAGACUGGAGCGUGAACGCGGGCAGCUGGAUGUGGUUGUCCUGUAGCGCGUUCUUUCAGCAGUUCUUUCACUGUUAUUGUCCAGUGGGUUUCGGUCGCCGGACGGAUCCCAGUGGCGAAUACAUCAGGAGGUACAUCCCAAAGUUGAAGGACUUUCCCAACCGCUACAUCUACGAGCCGUGGAACGCUCCGGAAUCAGUGCAAAAGGCCGCCAACUGCAUCGUGGGUGUGGAUUACCCUAAACCUAUGAUCAACCACGCCGAGGGAAGCCGGCUCAACAUCGAACGCAUGAAGCAAGUUUACCAGCAGCUCUCACACUACAGAGGCCUUAGUUUGCUCGCCUCAGUUCCGACAAUCCAGGAAGAGGCGGAGCCUCCCAUGUCUGAUGACUCUCAGGCCAGCAGCAGCACUGGAGCCUCCGCCCCCUCCCCACACCAGCCUACUCACGCACCAUCGUCCCCACCCAGCUCUGAGAGCUCCGGGUCGGGCUCCGCCCCCCACGUCCAGAAAAAGAGGGUCCGACCCUCGGAACUCCCGGGCAAACAGAAAUCAAAAGUCAAGCACACCAGCCAUGCCAAUAGAGUCAUGCAGAUGAUGGAGGACAAGCAGUGAUCACAGGUUGAUGGACAGAUUACGACUGCUUUGGCAGUUCAAUAUCAGAGGGAAUCUGAGGACUCCCUGAAUCAUCCAGAAACAGCCAAGAAAAUCGUGAAAUGGCGCCACCUCCUGCAGCAAAACAGAAACUGACUGUACAUCAAGAAAAAGUAACUGAAGCUGCAAUUCCGUCAGGGUGUUAGGGCUUCACCAUCCAUCCUCCAAUAAUGCUGCUUGUUGUUUCUCAAAACUAAACAUGAUUGUAUCAAGAUACAGGUCUGAAUCUGGUUUUGAAGAAAUGGUUCAGACAAGAAAAUGGUAAUUUAAUCGUCGUUGUGUUGUUCUAUACAUGUAUGACUUUCAUUCGGAAAGCACAAAAGGAGAAAUUUCGGACUGAGACGGGAGCUUUCAAGCUACAAAUAGGAUGCAACAAAAAUCUACUAUGUGUGCUCAGUAUGACCUUUGCCUGAAUUCAAGGGACUUUGAAUAUAACGCAAUCGCUUUGUGCGAGACACUAGAUUAUUUAGAUCUUAUUGUAGCUUGGCAUUCUGAUGAAAGCUUUAAAGUUCUGGUCUGCAUUUAUUGAAAUUGGCUACUUUUGUCAAACAAAUCCUUUUGUACUCUAGGGAAAAAAGUUCAAACAGGUCUGAAAUGAGUGAGUCAGUCAAUACGUUUAUAGCUGAGAAAUUCAAGGUUGAAGUUUAUCGCCAACGUAGAAAGAGAUUUGCAGGAACUAAUGGAUAUUGCCGUGAAAGAUUAUGUUUUAAAGACAGUGUUCAUGAAUUCUAACCAAAUUUAAUGUACUCAUUAUAUUUUAUUGGUAUGAAGGCGUAUAAUAAAAGCGUAUGAUGAAACCUCAGAUACUAUAUGGCCUGCUGUGGUUUUACAACAUAAAUAGAGUAACAUUUGUAUUAGGUCUAAUGUAGUCAGUCUCUAUAAUGGCUUGCAAACCACAACCAACCAGUUCAUACAAGCAAUAAAGAUUUGAUUUCUCUGGUUGAGCAGUUGCUCCCUACACGUUUUGUAACUAAGAUUUUGUUGGAUCUUGCUGCACUCAAGUUUUCAUAAUGAUAUCAAAUUGUCAGUUUUAAAUUCAAUAAGCUUUAUUUCUUUUCCAAGCGAUUAAUUUUCCGUUUGCAGGUUUUCAAACAGUCGCCAAAAAUUGUACAUUCCACUUCGCGUUCGGUCACAUUAAUUUUUCUCCAACGAUGUGGAACAACUUUAUUUAUUUUUGUCCCUUAUUCUUUUUUGUAUUGUAUAAAAGAGUUUAUUUUCAUUAAAUGGCUGACGGGAUUGUAUAAGAUGUUCUGUUUGUCUGCAGUAAUUUAUUGAAGCCUUUUCACAGCAUGCUUCUGUCAGCGACGAGCGAAAUGUUUCUGCAGUGUAUUGCAUCUACAAUGUUUCGCUGUUGAAUCAAAUAUAUCAAAUAAAUUUCUUGCACCUAUUUAAAA